GUCUAAUUGAAAUCUCUUAACAUCUAGGGAUGGCAUGGUUUAUUUGUUUGUGUGUAUUUUCUGCAGUUAUUGUUGCAGUCUUUUAUCUGAGGAAAAUCCAUGGCUUUCUGGGAGAUGAUAGAGCUCCUCCACACCUUCCUUCUCUCCCAGUUAUCGGGAGUCUUCUAAGCCUGAGGAGCGACAGUCCACCCCACAUUUUCUUUCAGCAGCUGCAGAAGAAAUAUGGAGACAUUUAUUCUCUUAUGAUGGGCUCUCAUAAAGUUAUCAUCAUCAACAGUCUUCACCAUGCAAAGGAGGUCCUGCUAAAAAAAGGGAAAAUAUUUGCAGGAAGACCACGCACUGUUACUACAGACAUUUUAACACGGGAUGGGAAAGACAUUGCAUUUGCUGACUAUAGUGCCACAUGGAAGUUUCAUAGAAAAAUUGUCCAUGGAGCUCUGUGCAUGUUUGGAGAGGGAAUUGCAUCCAUUGAGAAAAUAAUUUGCCAAGAGGCGAGCUCUAUGUGUGAAAACCUGACUAACCUACAGAGCUCUGCAGUAGAUUUGGGCCCAGAGCUGACCCGUGCUGUCACAAAUGUAGUAUGUACCCUCUGUUUUAGCUCCUCAUAUAAACGUGGAGAUCCUGAAUUUGAAGCUAUGCUCCAGUAUAGCCAGGGGAUUGUGGACACAGUUGCCAAGGAUAGUUUGGUGGACAUCUUUCCAUGGCUCCAGCUCUUUCCAAAUGAAGAUCUAAAAAUGCUUAGGAGUUGUGUUUCCAUUAGAGACAAGCUCCUUCAAAAGAAAUAUGAUGAACACAAGGCAGACUUUAGUGAAAACAUCCAGCGAGACCUGCUGGAUGCUUUACUCCGUGCCAAAUACAGCUCAGAGAAUAACAACACAAGCACUCAGGAUGUUGGUCUUACUGAUGAUCAUCUACUCAUGACUGUAGGGGAUAUUUUUGGUGCUGGAGUGGAGACUACAACCACUGUGUUAAAGUGGACAGUUCUUUACUUACUACAUAAUCCACAGGUUCAGAGAAAGAUUCAGGAAGAGUUAGACGCUAAGAUUGGGAGGGACAGGCACCCCGAGGUUAGUGACAGAGGAAAUCUGCCGUACCUGGAGGCCACCAUCAAGGAAGUGCUUCGAAUCCGGCCAGUCUCACCACUUCUCAUCCCUCACGUAGCUCUCUCAGAUGCUAGUAUAGGAGAGUAUUUUGUACAAAAAGGGACGAGAGUCAUCGUCAAUCUGUGGUCUUUGCACCAUGAUGGAAAAGAGUGGAAAAACCCAGAACUGUUCAACCCGGAACGCUUCCUUGAUGAAGAAAAAAAAAGCCUGUGCUACCCAUCACCCAGUUAUCUCCCAUUUGGUGCUGGAGUGCGUGUGUGUCUUGGUGAGGCCCUGGCCAAGUUGGAGCUCUUCCUUUUCCUAUCAUGGAUCCUGCAGAGAUUCACUCUGGAAGUGCCUGCUGGCCAGCCUCUGCCCGAGCUGCAGGGCAAAUUUGGGGUUGUUCUUCAACCCCAGAAAUAUAAAGUCAUUGCCAGGCUCAGGACAGGCUGGGAAAAGAAGGUACAGAGCCAAGAGUCUAAGUCAGGCUAAUAUGUUAAAUGUAUUUUUUUCACUUAUUUUUGAGACUUCGUAUAGAUAUUUGUUUUUUGAAAAUUAGAACAAAAGAAUUUUGUUUGUACAGAUUGUUUUAAACCAAGUGCUCAGUUUGCUACUUAAUUGUGGAUAUACUGUUUAUAUACCGUAAUGACUUUAGCAGCAAAGAUUUGUAGAAAUAAAAUAAUCUUAGAAAUUAUUAACCUUGAAUAUAUCUUUUUUGGGAAACAGUAAAGUCACAAACUCACAUCUAAUGCCUGUAAACAGGUCUGAGCAAACCAGACAUGGAGGUCAUGUAAUAAUACAUAAAUUCACCAAUUUGUUUUCAUUUUUCCAAAACACAGUUGGUGUGUAUUGAUAUUUCACUAUAAAUAAGAUUCACUACUAUAAUAUUAGUGGUAUAUAAUGUGCUGUGUAAAAUGAGUCAA